UUCUAAGUAAACCUAGAAGUUAAAAACCCCCAAAUGUAGUUAUAGCCCUGCCCUAUAUUUUCCUUCAUCUCAGGCUUCCUCCACUGUACUUGUUCUGCACAGAACAAACACACACGCACGCCGUUGGAAAGUGAAGGAUUUUUAGUGGUUAUUGUUGCUAGAUAGUUUCUGAUGAAUUCGCGAGGAAGAUAUCCACCGGGUAUCGGAAAUGGUCGCGGCGGUGGUAGUGUAACUGCUCAGAGUGCAAACCCUAAUCCUAACCCUAACCCUAACCCUAACCCUAACCCUAGCUUCAACCCGGUUAUUAUUCUAGAAACCCUCAUCAAAUGCAACCACAAUACGUGCAGAGAGCUCCACAGAAUCAGCAGCAACAACAGUGGCUCAGACGAAACCCGAUUGGGACUGAACCCGCUGUCAAUGAAGUUGAAAAUGCAGUUCAGUCCGAGGCCAUGGAUUCAAG